ACCAUUCUCAUAGUCUCUCUACCUGAAUAACCCGCUUAACAUCACUCUCUGUGACUCUGUCUCUUUCCAAUACAAACUAAUAUAAAAAUGUCUCAAGAUUCUCUAACUACUACUCCGCCGCCACCUUCCGGUGAAGAACUAAAGCCAAAGCUUCUAACUUUGGAGCCGGAGAAGCCACCGGAGCCAAAGCUUGUAACUUUGGAACCAGAGAAGCCACCGGAGCCAAAGCUUGUAACUUUGGAACCAGAGAAGCCACCGGAGCCAAAGCUUGUAACUUUGGAACCAGAGAAGCCACAGGAGCCAAAGCUUGUAACUUUGGAAUCAGAGAAGCCACCGGAGCCAAAUCCUCAGCUACCCUUAAUGCCGGAGUUAGAGCAGCCUAACCAUGUGGCAGAGGAUGAAACAGAGAAGUUACAUCAAGUAAAGACAGAGCCAGAGGGUCUCAAGUAUGAUUCAGAGCAGUCAUAUCUAGUGAGUUCGGAGACAGAGGUUCUUAACCAUGCGGCGGAGGAUUCAGAGAAGCCACAUGAGAUGUCUCCGGAGACAGAGACUUCGGAGGAUGAGUUAGAGAAGACACAGAAACUGAUGUUAGAACAGAGGAGAAAGUAUAUGGAAGUAGAAGAUUGGACAGAACCGGAGCUACCGGAUGCGGCUGUGUUAGAAGCUGCAGCGUCAAUACCUGAGCCGAAGCAACCGGAGCCUCAAGCGGCGAACGCGGCGGCACAACCACCAACUACUGCUUCUUCCGGUGAAUCAAGAUCGUUGGCUGAUAUGAUGAACAGAGAAGAAGCUGAAGCAGAGGAGAAACAAAAGAUUCAGAUUCCUCGUAGUAGUCUUGGUUCAUUCAAAGAAGAGACGAACAAAAUCUCUGACCUUACAGAACACGAGUUAAACGCACUUCACGAGCUCCGUAACCUUCUUCAAGAUUCUCAAGAUUCAGGCAAAAGCUCUAUAUGGGGUGUGCCACUUCUCAAAGACAACCGAAGCGACGCCGUUUUGCUAAAGUUCCUAAGAGCAAGAGACUUCAAACCUCAAGAAUCUUACUCAAUGCUCAAGAAGACACUCCAAUGGAGAAUCGAGUUCAACAUUGAGGAGCUUCUUGAUGAAAACCUCGGAGAUGAUUUAGACAAGGUUGUGUUCAUGCAAGGAACAGACAAGGAGAAUCAUCCUGUCUGUUACAAUGUCUACGGUGAGUUUCAGAACAAGGAUCUUUAUAUGAAAACGUUCUCUGAUGAGGAGAAGAGAGAACGGUUCUUGAGGUGGAGGAUCCAGUUUCUUGAAAAGAGUAUAAGGAAUCUUGAUUUUGAAGCUGGUGGUGUUUCCACGAUCUGUCAAGUAAACGAUCUUAAAAACUCUCCAGGACCUGGUAAGACUGAGCUUAGGCUAGCUACUAAGCAAGCUCUUCAUCUUCUUCAAGACAAUUACCCUGAGUUUGUCUCUAAACAGAUAUUCAUCAAUGUUCCAUGGUGGUACCUUGCGUUCUAUAGGAUUAUUAGUCCUUUCUUGACACAAAGGUCAAAGAGCAAACUAGUUUUUGCAAGUCCUUCAAGAUCUGCAGAGACACUUUUCAAGUACAUUUCACCAGCACAUGUCCCGGUUCAGUAUGGUGGACUAAGUGUAGAUAACUGCGACUGCACCUCGGAUUUUACACAUGAUGAUACCGCUACUGAGAUUACUAUUAAACCAACUACUAAACAAACCGUCGAGAUAAUUGUUUACGAGAAAUGCACGAUUGCGUGGGAGAUAAGGGUAGUGGGAUGGGAAGUAACCUAUGCAGUAGAGUAUGUGCCGGAAAACAAAGAAGGGUAUACAGUGAUCAUACAAAAACCGAGGAAGAUGGCUGCGAAAAACGAACCAGUGGUGUCUCAAAGCUUCAAAGUUGGAGAAGUUGGUAGGAUCUUGCUAACCGUGGAUAACCCGACUUCGACCAAGAAAAUGCUUAUCUACAGGUUCAAGGUUAAGCCUUUACCUUGUGAGUAACAAAAGUUGCCUCUUUCUUGAGUGUUGUUUCUUUAGUUUAGAACUUGAGAUCAUAUGAUUGUUGGUUGUGUGUUCUUUUUCUUAUAUGUCGUCGACUUAUAUAUAUAUGCUUGUGUGGUUCUGUUUUUCCUAUCGUUAAAGAGUGUUAGUCAAAGAGUGUUAUAAGCCAAAGCUGUUUUUUUUGCUCUUGUUAA